UAUGAGAUAUCAGGCAGAAAGCAACAGUGAGCAAGAAAGUAAUGAGGAUGCUGGAACAUCUAGAAAACCUCAAAAACGUGCUCGGGGUAAAAAUCAGCCUAAUGUUUUAAAAUCAUCUGAGGUGGCAUCCCCAACGUUAGAAACUACACAUGGUUGUUUAACUUUGUUGAAGAAGAAGCAAUCAGGAGGAAGCCGGCCUCGUGCUGUUGGAAAAAGAACCCCACGCUUUCCUGUUUCUUUUUUUAUUGAAAAUCCCAAGGGUGAGAAGUAUUUUUCUCCAAGUAGGCAGAGUUUAAAACUACAGGCAGAUGACACUGAUGAUGAUACGGAGAUAGCAUUAGUUUUAACAGAAGCUUCACAAAGGGGUGGUUCUCCUCAGGUCUCUCAGACAGCAAGCCAUUGGACGGAUAGUGCUAUGUCCUCACCUAUUGAGACUGCUGAAAGAAAGCGUGUUAAAAUGGACAUGGGCAAUGCAAAGCUUCUUAGUAAUGAAGUGGAUGAAGAAGAGGAAAGCAUGGAAGCAGUCACUCAUGAGCUGUUGCGAUAUAAUAAUGAUUUGGCGAGAUCUGGAACCAUUGGUCGAACAGCACAGAAGGGAAGGAAACCUUAUGGUAAAAAGUUAGAAGUUGAUGAUAGUGGCGACAAUCAUCUUGAUGAUAUCAAAGAGCCAUGCAGUGGUACAGAAGAAGGUCAAAAAUUGGGUGCGGUGAGGGGUAAACUUGAACUGGAGGCUACCGAUGAAAAGAGUUCAAGGCCCUCUUUACAAGUCCCUAGAAAGAGGAGCAAAAAGGUUCCUUUUAGGAGAGGUAUUACAAAGUUGUGUAGGUUACUAUUCUUCAGAAACUUUCCAUUUCAAUAAACA